UUCGUCUGCUUUAGUAAUGUCAACACGUGCCGUUGAUUCCUGAUUCAAUUCAAUCCAAGUGCCUUGUUGGUCAUGAAUCAUGAUAUCUUGUCGAAAAUGUUUGGCUACACUAGCCAGUUAUCACCUAAAAGGUUUCCAGUUGUCUAGAACUAUGAUUGCAAUUCGAGCCAAUUGUAUCAAAACAACAUGUGAAACCAGAAAUAGUCCUGGCCACAGAAACUUCUCUAUAUCAAAUCCAAAUUCUAGAGCAACUAUUAAAAGUCAAGAUCAAAAUAGUGACCCACAGAAAAUAGGUGAUGAAGAAAUCGAACUACAUGAAGAAGAGACUGAAGAAAGCCACAACACUUAUUUGCUGCCAAACUUUUUAACUGAACCAGCAAGUGAAGGAACAGAGGUUCUAUUAGAUGGGGUCCCAAAGAUAGUAUCUGAAGAAAAAAUUCUAAAAACCAACCGGGAAAUCAAGUCUGCAAAAGCCCAAGCUAAAAAGGCUGAGAAAAAAUUAAGAGACCAUCUUCAGAGUGAAGAUGCAAAGGCAACUGCCAUUGAAUUACAAAAGAAAAAAGAAAUUGCUUUCCGAUUAAGUCUCAAAAGUUACGUAACCAUGUGCAUGCAGCAGGGUAUGGUCUACAAGGCCAUGCUCUUGUUAAGAAACUACCAUGAAGAGGUAAAACAUUUCAAGAGCAGUGAAGUAUAUGAUGCUAUGCUCAGAGAGGCUUCUGUGUGUUGCAGCUGGAAGCUCAUUAAGGAAAUUGUGACAAUGAUGGAGGAAGGUGGUAUUCCCUUUACUUUAGAAUCGUUUGCCGCUUGCUUCAUCGGUUUGGGCCUAAAGUCUGAACGAGAAAGCGGCUUGGAAGCCAUUUCGGAAAAUCUUCUAGACAAAAUGGAAAUUUGUGAUCUAAAUGUAGACGAUAUUUUCAAAACUUGCAAGUUCCUGGGUAAUCACAGGGAACUGGCAAUCAAAGGAAUAAGGUUGGGUUUACCCGAUUUUGAACCCGAAUUUUCUUCAACUCCACUAACAUACACCACACCUUUGCUGACUUCCUUAAACGACACACAUGUCGAGUCGGCCAUUCCAUCAAACGUAGAAGGGCUGCUGAAAGAAGACAACCUGAAAAAAUUAGCCACCCAGCAACUGGAUUCAGAAAUGAGUGGUGCCGUGUUUAUACAAUCCAUCACAAAUUCAAACUCUGUCUCAGUGAAUAACCAGGCGAUAAGUGAAAUGGAAAAACUGGAGCAAGAAUGGAUACCAGUGUUGCGAGAAGCGAUUAUUCGCGAUAUGCAAAUGUGCAAGGCCCAAUUUGAAGCGACACGUCGCAAGACGUUGCACAUCUACCCAUUUUUGUCCGCCUUAUCGACUGAAGAUUACGUCCGACUGCUGACUCAAGAAGUCCAAAUGCUUUCAGGCACAUCCGAACUCUUCUCACCAAGUAUGCACCUUUUCUGUCGCAACUUGGGUUUCAAAGUAAUUAGAGAAACACGCAUCCAACGUAAGAAAGAAAACGGGCAAUUGGAAAAGUUUCAACUUCUUUAUGACAAAUACUGUCAGUGGUAUAUGAAUCCGACAAAAGACGGCCAACUGUGUAACCCUAGGCAGAUGUGGCAGCAACUUGUGACACAGCAUCAAAUGGAAGGAUGUGACUUGGAUUAUGAGUCAAUUUUCUGGCCACAUACCGUCGUCCUCGCUGUUGGUCAAUUCCUCUACAAUAUAAUCCUGAGCAACUUGAAAAUUGCCGAUCCCACCAACACCGAUGGGAAACUUUCACCCGCGUUCUACGUAGUUUAUCGCACCAAAGGCGUCAGAUCCCUAAGAGAAAUCAAACCGCAUCCCCAACUCGUUAAAUUCUACGACGAGAUACGCAAGAAGAAAUUAAGCUUCGAUUCUUCUCUGUUGCCCAUGCUUUCACCACCCUUGCCGUGGAGUUCGCAUAAAUGCGGAGGUUAUUUGGUUACCGACGUUUCACUGGUGCGUUUACCAGCGCAUGCUUCCAAACAGAGAUUAAGAUUGGCAAACACUCCUCCUCAACAACUUUAUCCCGCGCUGGAUGCAUUGAACGCACUUGGAUCCAUUCCGUGGAGAAUCAACGGCGCUAUCCUAGAUUUGGUUAUUCAGAUAUUCAAUGCUAAUGGUAGCAAAAAACUUCAUAUACCUCAGCCGCCAUCUGCACUAGCUAUACCGUCGCCUGUUGCUGCCGAAGCCGAUGGAUCGCACAAAGUUAAAGCUUAUCGAGAUCGAAUCGCCUUCAAACGACAGAAAGCGGAGAUGUAUAGUUUGUGGUGUGAUUCCCUUUAUCGCUUAUCACUUGCUAACCAUUUCCGAGAUAAAGUUUUCUGGCUACCACAUAACAUGGACUUUAGAGGUCGAGUAUACCCAUGUUCUCCCCAUCUUACGCAUCUUUCCCACGAUAUGGCUCGAUCACUGCUCUUCUUUGCCCAGGGAAAACCUUUGGGUGCUGACGGUUUCAACUGGUUAAAACUGCAUGUGAUAAAUUUGACUGGUACGAAGAAAAGGGAGCCGAUUAGUGAACGCUAUGCCUAUGCCGAGAAAAUAAUGCCGGAAAUUCUCGACUCAGCCGAUAAUCCUUUAACGGGAAGACAAUGGUGGGUCAAUUCAGAUGAACCGUGGCAAACCUUAGCAGCUUGUAUGGAAGUCGCAAAUGCAUUAAGAUGUCCAGAAGGACCGGAAGCUUAUGUUUGUCACUUACCUAUCCAUCAAGACGGAUCGUGUAAUGGAUUACAACAUUAUGCAGCUUUAGGGCGAGAUACAGUUGGAGCCGAAAGCGUCAAUUUAACACCGGCUGAUAGACCACAAGACGUUUACAGCAACGUGGCCAAUCUAGUUGAAAGGGAACGUUCCAAAGAUGCUGCGAAUAAUGUUGAAAUUGCUCAACUUCUUGCUGGACUGAUCAAUCGGAAGAUCAUCAAGCAAACAGUGAUGACGACAGUAUACGGUGUCACGCGGUACGGUGCCCGAUUACAAAUUGCCAAACAGCUUAAAGAACUACCGAGUCUAACACCUGAACAAGUUCAAGUUGGAUCUGUUUAUUUAGCUGACAAAACAUUUCAAAGUUUACAAGACAUGUUUACGUCGGCUAAAGAUAUUCAAGACUGGUUUACUGAAAGUGCUAAAUUGAUUUCAACCGUCGCCGGAGAAAGUGUCGAAUGGAUCACUCCGAUUGGGUUACCAGUUGUGCAGUCGUACAACAAUAAUCCUUACGACGAAGCAAGUCGACCGAAUGCGAUUAAACAACGCAACGCAUUCCCACCAAACUUUAUUCACUCCUUGGACUCGAGCCACAUGAUGCUAACUGCACUGUAUUGCCAACGAAAAGGCAUCACUUUUGCGUCCAUUCACGAUUGUUUCUGGACUCAUCCUUGCACUGUGGCAGAAAUGAAUAAGAUCUGUCGACAACAAUUCGUCUCUCUCCACUCUCAGCCUAUUUUGGAAGAUCUUUCAAAGUUUUUGGUCUCACAGUUUGCCGUCCGAGCGAGUGGUGCCGAUGCUGUUGACGAUGACACGCCCAAAGGACUUGCAAGACACAGAUUGAAUCAAAUUAUAAGUGAAGUGCCUAGACGCGGUAUGUUUGAUUUGCGCCUUGUUCUCGACUCGGUCUACUUCUUUUCCUGAACUAUAAAGAAUUAUUCGGACUUGUUCGUUGGACAAAAAUUAACAACAGUUAGGAAAGUUAUAAAAUCUGUGCAUUCGUAUAAUUAGUAUUGUCUAGUCUUUUCCACAAUAAACCCGACGUGGUAGUUCCUAA